AUGGAUCGACAACAUCCCUCAAUGUCCACCUACUUCUUCCGAGAAUUAAGAUUAAAGAGGGUCGAGCUGUACUCGGCUCUGAUAGAGCUAUUUGUUUCGAUAUUUUUCGCUCUGUCCCGUCAGAUAAGCAACCAAGAAUCUUAA